AUGAAGCUGAUGCAGCCGUAUGAUCACAAGUUCCAAGUCCUCACCAGGAACAACAUGAGCAAGAGCCUCGGAAACCUGGACCAGUGUGCGAAGAGUCCUGAGACGAUGCUGAAUGAUUCCUACAGCAAACUCUACAAUGCCAAAAUUAAGAAGUUCAUGAAAGAAGACUUGCUUGGUGCCAAGGAGGGCUUUGUAAAUGAGGAGGUUCCCGCCAAGCCAACUGUACCUGGCUCAUCUAAGGUCCACCUGAAGCACGACAUGGGGUUGCCUCGCCUCGGAGUGGACUUUGGACUUAUGAAAAGCAAGAUUCUGACCACAGACGUUGAUUCCGAUUCAUCUGAUGAAGCUGGAGAAUCAACAUAUGACAGCAAUCUUAACCUUCCACCGUUGGGUCUCGGCUUGAAUGGGAGCACUCUAAGUGGAGCUCAGGUACAAAGAAUGAAAGUUGAUGCUAGAAGACCGCAGUUUAACUCCCCAGACUUCCAUCUGUCUGGAACAUUACCAGAGGGUCCAAACACUACAGCAGGUGUACAACUUCCAAACAUCGAUAGUCCAUCAUUUGACUUGACAAUGCCAAACCUUAAAAGACCUCAAAUUGGACUGGAAAGCAACAGAAACUUUAGAGCUCAGGAAAUGGGUAUGGACUUAAAAGGUUUAGAUGUUAGUUCCCCUGACAUGGGGAUAAACCGUAGUGGGGGAAAUAUCACUGGUCCAUCCUUUGACAUUGGUGUUCCCAAAGUGGGCAUUGAAGGAACAAACAAAGAGUUAAAAAUGCCAAAGUUCAAACGCCCAGACCUAGACUUCUCUGGACCUUCUUUUAGUGGUCCAAUAGGUGAGGUCACGAAACCAGAUGUAGGAACCUCAGGUAAACUCGGUCUCAAGUAUUCCAAGAGACUGAAAAAUCCAAAUCUGAAUGUGGACAAUCCUGCCGGUUACGUAGAGUCACCCAAGCUGAGGCUGUCUGGAAGAUCUCCUGACUUAGACCUAGAAAUGCCAGGUAUUGAUGUGUCACAACUUGAUAUACAUGGACCAGACAUUGCCAUGCCUUCAGACAUUCAAGAUCAAGGUUUUAAUGGAGAUUUAGAGGGACCAGAUAUGCGGUUGGCAGCGCCAGAUCUUAAAGGCGGAAUUGCAGACCCAAAGUUUGACAUAAACGUACCAUCAACUGACUUGGAUAUUGCAAGCCCAUCUGGGAAACUCAAAAUGCCAGGAUUUGGGCUAUCUGGGCCUAAAAUUAAAGGCCCUGAAUAUGAGUUAAAAACUCCAGGAGGUGAUCACAAAGGCCCAAAGCUAGACCUUAAUACGCCUGAUGUGGAUUUUAAUAUGCCUUCUGGUAAAUUAGACAUUGAUACAGGUGCUCCCUCUGGCAAAUUUAAACUGCCAAAAUUUAAGCUCUUUGGCACGUUACCAAAGAAUAAAGAUGUGGAUAUUGAUGCUGGAAUGAAAACACCCGAACUACGGCUGAAAUCCCCAAAGAUAAAAGGCAUAGAUUUACCGGAUGUGAAUGCUCCAAACUUAGACCUCCACUCUCCAGAUGUAAACAUUGGUACGCCCAAAGGAAGAUUUGCAAUGCCACAACUGACAAAACCCAGCUUAGACUUGUCAGGUCCAAAAGGAGGAAUUGAUGCAUCUCUAAACAGGCCAGAGUUUGACAUUGAUGCACCUUCACUUGAUCUGAACGGUCCAAGAUCAGAGCUGAAUAUGCCUGAUAUUGGAAGUCCAUCAGGAAAAAUUAAGAUGCCGAAUUUUACAAUGCCAGAUUUCGGACUGUCAGGACCAAAGCUGAAAGGACUUGAUGGUGAGUUAAGGACUCCUGACUUUGAUCUCUCAGCCCCCAAAUUUAAAAGCUCCCCAGAUUUGAAUUUGCCUGAGAUGGACCUCAAUGAGCCCAAACUGGAUAUUUCUGCCCCAGAUGUCAACAUUGGUUCACCCAAAGCAAAAUUAAAUAUGCCCAAAUUAAAGAUGCCUAAAUUUGGUCUUCCGAGUCUGAAAGGACCUGAGAUUGACGGAAAUUUGGAUGGUCCAGACAUCGAUAUUAAUGCACCCAAUAUCAAUCUGAAAGGUCCUAAAGUUGAAAGGCCAGAUUUUGAUAUUUCUGGUCCACCAGGAAAAUUCAAAAAUCCACACUUUAACCUGCCUGAUUUUGGGCUUUCUGGUCCAAAGUUAGAUGGCCCUAACCUAGGCCUCAAAACACCUGAUCUAGAUGUAUCUGGUCCUAACCUCGGUGGGGGCUUUAAUGCCCCAGACAUUAACAUGCCCGAAGUUGACCUCAGAAGCCCAAAGCUGGACCUCAAUACCCCAAAUCUGAACUUAGACAUGCCAUCAGGUAAACUGAAGAUGCCAGAGAUGCAUGCUCCAGACUGGGAUGUUAAUGCCCCCUCAGGCAAAUUGAAAAUGCCUAAAUUCAAUCUUUCAGGUAAAUUACCAAAGGGACCAAAUAUGGACAUAGGCACAGAUCUGAAAGCUCCAAAUAUAAAGGGUGGAUUUGAUGCCCCUGACUUGGACUUACCAAACAUGAACCUUAAAUCUCCAAAGUUAGAUUUAAACACUCCGGAUGUCAACAUUGGUUCACCCAAAGCAAAAUUUAAAAUGCCCAAAUUUAAAAUGCCCAAAUUUGGUCGCCCACACGUAAAAGGACCUGAAAUUGAUGGAAACUUGGAUGGCCUAGAUGUUGAUGUAAAUGUACCCAAUGUCAACCUUAAAGGUCCUAAAGCUGAUUUGGGAAUGCCAGAUUUUGAUAUGUCUGGUCCAUCAGGGAUAUUCAAAAAGCCACACUUUAACGUACCUGAUUUUGGGCUUUCUGGUCCAAAGUUAGAUGGCCCUAACCUAGGCCUCAAAACACCUGAUCUAGAUGUAUCUGGUCCUAACCUCAGUGGGGGCUUUAAUGCCCCAGACAUAAACAUGCCAAAGAUUGAUCUUAAAAGCCCCAAACUGGACCUUAAUACCCCAAAGCUGAACUUAGACAUGCCAUCAGGUAAACUGAAGAUGCCAGAGAUGCAUGCUCCAGACUGGGAUGUUAAUGCUCCCUCAGGAAAAUUGAAAAUGCCUAAAUUCAAUCUUUCAGGUACAUUACCAAAGGGACCAAAUAUGGACAUAGGCACAGAUCUGAAAGCUCCAAAUAUAAAAGGUGGAUUUGAUGCCCCUGACUUGGACUUACCAAACAUGAAGCUUAAAUCUCCAAAGUUAGAUUUAAACACUCCGGAUGUCAACAUUGGUUCACCCAAAGCAAAAUUUAAAAUGCCCAAAUUUAAAAUGCCCAAAUUUGGUCGCCCACACCUAAAAGGACCUGAAAUAGACGGAAAAUUGGAUGGCCCAGAUGUUAAUGUAAAUGUACCCAAUGUGAACCUUAAAGGUCCUAAAGCUGAUGUGGGAAUGCCAGAUUUUGAUAUUUCUGGUCCAUCAGGAAAAUUCAAAAAGCCACACUUUAACCUGCCUGAUUUUGGGCUUUCUGGUCCAAAGUUAGAUGGCCCUAACCUAGGCCUCAAAACACCUGAUCUAGAUGUAUCUGGUCCUAACCUCAGUGGGGGCUUUAAUGCCCCAGACAUAAACAUGCCAUCAGGUGAACUGAAGAUGCCAGAGCUUCAUGCUCCAGACUGGGAUGUUAACGCUCCCUCAGGCAAAUUGAAAAUGCCCAAAUUGAAAAUGCCUAAAUUUGGCCUUCCAAACCUGAAAGGACCUGAAAUUGACGGAAAUUUGGAUGGCCCAGAUAUUGAUGUAAAUGUACCCAAUGUGAACCUUAAAGGUCCUAAAGCUGAUGUGGGAAUGCCAGAUUUUGAUAUGUCUGGUCCAUCAGGGAUAUUCAAAAAGCCACACUUUAACCUGCCUGAUUUUGGGCUUUCUGGUCCAAAGUUAGAUGGCCCUAACCUAGGCCUCAAAACACCUGAUCUAGAUGUAUCUGGUCCUAACCUCAGUGGGAGCUUUAAUGCCCCAGACAUAAACAUGCCAUCAGGUAAACUAAAGAUGCCAGAGCUUCAUGCUCCAGACUGGGAUGUCAACGCUCCCUCAGGCAAAUUGAAAAUGCCCAAAUUGAAAAUGCCUAAAUUUGGUCUUCCAAACCUGAAAGGACCUGAAAUUGACGGAAACUUGGAUGGCCCAGAUAUUGAUGUAAAUGUACCCAAUGUCAACCUCAAAGGUCCUAAAGCUGAUGUGGGAAUGCCAGAUUUUGAUAUGUCUGGUCCAUCAGGGAUAUUCAAAAAGCCACACUUUAACCUGCCUGAUUUGGGGCUUUCUGAUGUAUCUGGUCCUAACCUCAGUGGGGGCUUCAAUGCCCCAGACAUAAACAUGCCAUCAGGUAAACUGAAGAUGCCAGAGCUUCAUGCUCCAGACUGGGAUGUUAACGCUCCCUCAGGCAAAUUGAAAAUGCCCAAACUGAAAAUGCCUAAAUUUGGUCUUCCAAACCUGAAAGGACCUGAAAUUGACGGAAACUUGGAUGGCCCAGAUGUUGAUGUAAAUGUACCCAAUGUCAACCUCAAAGGUCCUAAAGCUGAUGUGGGAAUGCCAGAUUUUGAUAUGUCUGGUCCAUCAGGGAUAUUCAAAAAGCCACACUUUAACCUGCCUGAUUUUGGGCUUUCUGGUCCAAAGUUAGAUGGCCCUAACCUAGGCCUCAAAACACCUGAUCUAGAUGUAUCUGGUCCUAACCUCAGUGGGAGCUUUAAUGCCCCAGACAUAAACAUGCCAUCAGGUAAACUGAAGAUGCCAGAGCUUCAUGCUCCAGACUGGGAUGUUAACGCUCCCUCAGGCAAAUUGAAAAUGCCCAAAUUGAAAAUGCCUAAAUUUGGUCUUCCAAACCUGAAAGGACCUGAAAUUGACGGAAACUUGGAUGGCCCAGAUAUUGAUGUAAAUGUACCCAAUGUCAACCUCAAAGGUCCUAAAGCUGAUGUGGAAAUGCCAGAUUUUGAUAUGUCUGGUCCAUCAGGGAUAUUCAAAAAGCCACACUUUAACCUGCCUGAUUUGGGGCUUUCUGGUCCAAAGUUAGAUGGCCCUAAUCUAGGCCUCAAAACACCUGAUCUAGAUGUAUCUGGUCCUAACCUCAGUGGGGGCUUCAAUGCCCCAGACAUAAACAUGCCAUCAGGUAAACUGAAGAUGCCAGAGCUUCACGCUCCAGACUGGGAUGUCAAUGCUCCUUCAGGCAAAUUGAAAAUGCCUAAAUUCAAUUUUUCAGGUACAUUACCAAAGGGACCAAAUAUGGACAUUGACGCAGAUCUGAAAGCUCCAAAUAUAAAGGGUGGAUUUGAUGCCCCUGACUUGGACUUACCAAACAUGAACCUUAAAUCUCCAAAAUUAAAUUUAAACACUCCGGAUGUCAACAUUGGUUCACCCAAAGCAAAAUUUAAAAUGCCCAAAUUUAAAAUGCCUAAAUUUGGUCUUCCAAAUCUAAAAGGACCUGAAAUUGACGGAAACUGGGAUGGCCCAGAUGUUGAUGUAAAUGUACCCAAUGUCAACCUGAAAGGUCCUAAAGCUGAUUUGGGAGUGCCAGAUUUUGAUAUGUCUGGUCCAUCAGGGAUAUUCAAAAAGCCACACUUUAACCUGCCUGAUUUUGGGCUUUCUGGUCCAAAGUUAGAUGGCCCUAACCUAGAUCUCAAAACACCUGAUCUGGAUGUAUCUGGUCCUAACCUCAGUGGGGGCUUUAAUGCCCCAGACAUAAACAUGCCAUCAGGUAAACUGAAGAUGCCAGAGCUUCAUGCUCCAGACUGGGAUGUUAAUGCUCCCUCAGGCAAAUUGAAAAUGCCUAAAUUCAAUCUUUCAGGUACAUUACCAAAGGGACCAAAUAUGGACCUUAAAGCUCCCAAGUUAGACAUGAACACUCCAUCUGUCAACAUUGGUUCACCCAAAGCAAAGCUGAAAAUGCCAAAAUUGAAAAUGCCUAAAGUUAAUCUACCAAGCCUAAAAGGACCUGCGAUAGACGGAAACGUUGAUGGCCCAGACAUCGACAUCAAUGCACCCAACAUCAAUCUUAGAGGCCCCAAAACUGACUUUGAAAUGCCAGAUGUUAAUUUUGGCAGCGCAUCUGGAAAUUUUAAAAAGUCACAUUUGAAAAUGCCUGAUGUGGGGUUUUCUGAUAUAAAGUUGGAUAACCCAAACUUUGACUUCAAGUCACCAGAUCUUAAUGCCAAAUUACCAAAAGGACCAAAUUUGAACAUAAAUUCAGACCUAAAAAUUCCAGAUUUUAAUCUCAAAACUCCAAAAUUGAAAGGUGGAAUCAAUGUCCCCAAAUUGGGAUUACCAAACAUGGACCUAAAAGCUCCCAAAUUUGAUAUGAACACUCCAGAUGUUAACAUUGGUUUCCCUGAUGCAAAGUUCAAAAAGCCCCAAAUCAAAAUGCCAAAGGGCCCAAAUGUUGACAUACAUGGAGGCCUUCAAGGGCCUGACCUGAAUUUCCCAAAUGUAGAUGUCAAUGGUCCAAAUGGAAAAUUUAAAAUGCCAAAUUUAAAUACACCAGACUUCAGUCUCUCUGGACCUAACGCAACAAUACCAGACAUGAAUCUUUCAGGACCUAAACUGAAAGGCCCUGGUAUUAGUAUGCCAGACUUACAUUUGCCUGAUACCAAUUUCAAAGGUCCCAAGCUAGACCUCAAUGCAAAACGUCCUGACAUGAACUUUACUGCACCUAAUGUCAAAGGAGGAAUAAGAGGCCCAGACAUUGACAUGAAUGCUCUCUCAGGAAACAUCCAGGGUCCUCAGACUGACUUUGAUUUUGCAGACAGAAAAUUCAAACUGCCUUCUUUCAAGUUGCCUCAGUUUGGAGGUCCAGAUCUUAACAGGGAAGGAUCUGAUAUUGAUUUUGGUACAUCUCUGAGACCAACAAAUAUGAAUUUUUCCCCUCCAAAUGCAAAACUGAAUAUGAAACCAAUACAGUUAAAGGGGGAUUUCACAGGUCCAAAUGUUAGUGUUCCAAACAUGCCAAAAGUGGCAAUGCGUAAUCCACAGCUGCAUCUCAAAACUCCAGGUCUGAACAUGAAUGAUCCUUCGCUAAAUUUCAGAGGACCUUCUUAUGGGAAUCGCAGAUCAGAUAUCCCUGGGGUAAACAUGAGAAUUCCUGCCCUGGACAUAGAUGGGAAUGCUAGACUCCAUCACACUGAUAGACAGCAACCUAGGGCCAAUGUAAGGUCGAGCUACCCUUUGGUGGACUCUGAUUUUGGCCCCAACAUUGAUUACCACCGUCCAGAUCUCAACAUUGAUGAUUUUACAGGAAAAGAUCAUGUGCUUAGAGCCAGAGGUUCAAAACUUAACUUCCAGGCACCACAAAACUAUGGACAGGUGAUCUCCCCGUCAGGUGGUAAUAUUGACACGAGGGACCCAAGACAAACCAGAAGAAUUCCUUCUGGUGACAUUGAUAUGUAUUCAAGGCACCAAAGAUCAAUGCAGCAGGUGUCUAAUACAAGUUUGCCACAUUUCUCUCAAAAUCCAAGAUCAAUGCAGCAGGUGCCUAAUGCAAGUUUGCCACAUUUCUCUCAAAAUCCAAGAUCAAUGCAGCAGGUGCCUAAUGCACGUUUGCCACAUUUCUCUCAAGAUCCCAGAUCAAUGCAGCAGGUGCCUAAUGCACGGUUGCCACAUUUCUCUCAAGAUCCAAGAAUAAGAGUACCUGACAGUUCAGACAGAUACUACGUCACUGCUUUCCCCAACCAAGCACAAAAUCAAAGAAUGCCAAACCGCAAAUAUAACACACUAGGGGGGCCUGACUUUCGUCCACGAAACCUAGACCUUGAAGUUCCUGGACCAAAUGACCUAAAAGGGGGGUCAACUUUCUUUUUCUCCAACCUCAUGUAGGUUUCAAACUACGGAUGUUUCCAUAAGUGGCACCAAAUGUUCCUUUUAGUGUGAUUUUUAUAUUGGGUUUAUUUAUUGUGACUUAAGAUGUAUGUUAAUUGUUUGAUUUCUGCAUUUGUGAAAUGUGUCAUUUAAAAAAAAAAAAGUGUUUGUUUGUAUAUAAAGUAAAUAUAGUUGCUUUGUAAUAAUGCAGCCUGCCUCACAAUGCAACAUUCUUGCACUUAUAUUCCCACAUAUUUGUAUUUUGUACUAUGUUUGUACUAAACAUAUACUGCUUGUACUUGAAAAAGAAGGUAUUCUUUCUAUGUAGAUUAAGUUAAGUUAAGGCACCCAAAAUCAAAAAAGUCCCCAGAUUCUGUCUCCCGUUUACUGCUGAUGUUGAAGGAGGACAUUUGUGGAUUUCUAGGUACAAUUAUAAGAUCAAAUUAUGUAAGUUGUUUUAUUAUAUAUUGUCAACUGAAUAUUGAAAUAUCCAAAGUUGUUCAUAUGUUUAUAUUAUACUGUAAAUCUAUACUUUUAAAAUACCCACUUUAUUUUAUGUUCAUUGGGGAUGUAUAUAGUAUAAUUUUUAGAAAAUGUUUUGCUCCAACAGAGUUUUUGCUUCAAGAUUUUUUAGCAAUAAUAAAUAAAUGAUAAUUCAAUGAUUUAUCAUUUUGUUAUUACAAUGUA